ACAGCCGCUGCCAGGGAGCCGCAGGGGCGCACAGAAGACACGGAGAGCUGUGCGGCUGAUUUUUUUCAGCCUGCUGAAUCUGCAUUUUUAUUUUGUGGAUUUUUGCUCCAGUUGUUAAAGAAACUUUGUUUUGUUUGUUUGUUUUGUUUUGAUGACUGCAGGAUUCAGGGACAGUCACGGGGGGUGAGAGGGAUAAUAAGGAACAUGUGGAGCUUUUGGAUGCGCGGUGGACAAGUUUUGCGCCACUUGGAAUUGUGGCACAAAACAGGCGCUUUUUAAGCUGCUGUCACUUUGACUGACUUUAGUAUCCAGCACCCCUGAUAUGGCAUGUUUCCUGCGUCGUGUCCCCGUGCUCAGGAUUGCGACCCAUGGGAUGUAGUAAAUGGAGAGCUGCGUUCAACUUUGGACACCUGAAGGUGCACUCCAAGCUGCCUGUCUUCUUUACCAUGAUUAUUCUCUUCAUUUACCUCUUUUACUGCCUCAACGGUUACUGCGAAUCCCUGCCCAGACCCGUGUAUGACCAGCGAAGUAAUCUCCAAACCAAAAUUAUCUUUAAAGAUGGACAAGAAACGGAGCAGCUCGGCGCGUAUAACGCCUCUCCGGUCUCGUUUGUCCGGGAACAGCUGUCGGACUUGACGAACAGCGAUCCCCCGUCCAACAAUAUUUCUAUAGCCAAUAAUUUUGGCAGCAAAAAAUUCCCUCAGGCCAUCAUCAUCGGGGUGAAGAAAGGUGGCACUCGGGCCCUCCUGGAGUUUUUGCGCAUCCAUCCAGACGUGCGAGCCGUGGGCGCUGAGCCGCACUUCUUCGAUCGCUUCUACGAGAAGGGACUGGAAUGGUACAGGAAUCUGAUGCCUCGUACUCUGGAAGGCCAGAUAACCAUGGAGAAAACCCCGAGCUACUUCAUCACCAAAGAAGCUCCUCGGCGCGUCUUCUCCAUGAGCCGCCACACCAGGCUUAUCGUGGUGGUUCGGGACCCUGUGACGCGCGCUGUUUCCGAUUACACGCAGACUCUGUCCAAAUCUCCCGGGCUUCCGUCCUUUCAGAACCUGGUCUUUCGUAACGCCACCACAGGCCUCAUCGACACAUCUUGGAGCGCCGUACGCAUCGGCAUCUAUGCCAAGCACCUAGAGAACUGGCUGCGCUACUUUCCACUGUCGCGCUUCCUGUUUGUCAGCGGCGAACGCCUUGUAACAGACCCGGCGGGUGAAAUGGGCCGGGUCCAGGACUUCCUAGGGCUCAAGCGCGUGGUCACAGAUAAGCACUUCUACUUCAACCAGACCAAAGGUUUCCCCUGCCUAAAGAAGCCCGAGGGGAGCAGCAGGCCUCGCUGCCUGGGGAAGUCAAAGGGGAGGCCCCAUCCACAGAUACCCUCUGAGGUCCUGCUCAGGCUCAGAGACUUCUACAGACCGUUUAAUCUUAAAUUUUACCAAAUGACUGGCCACGACUUUGGCUGGGACCAAAUGGCAACUCACCAAAGCUCUUAGAAACUGCCAGUUUUAUUCACCAACAGUUAAACACGGGCAGGGAUAUUGUGUGUUCUAUUGUUUGUUGCCAAAGGUUCUACUCUGCAUAACUUGCCUUUUGUUUUUCAUUUCUUAAGGUAUGAUACCUGAAUGCCAACGCACAAAGGAGCCUUCACCUGGCUUUAUAACAACCAUGCUAACAAAGUUUAGAAAAACUUCAAUCCUUUGAAGCACUUUAGCAAGCAUUUUCGACAAAGUCUUGUGCAAAUGGCUUGUUUUGUGCUCAUACAGACAAGCAGAAGGCAAACUAAAGCAUAAUGCCUAUUUACUUAAAUCAGGAUUUCAAGCUCUUGACACCCCAAGUUAAGCUGCCAUUGCUAUCCAAAACACUGACGAUGGGAGACGUUCACAAUGUUAAACCAAAAAGAAAAAGAGAUUUGCCGGGUGAACAAAGCCAUGGUACGCAAUGGUGCAAUCAUAAUAAAUGCAAAUGGGUUGAGACACAAGUUGAUCAUUCGGAAAUAGUUACACUAAAUCAACAGAAAUAACAGUUCAACUCUGGUUAUAUACACAUACAAAAAGUCUAAAGUUUGUUUUAUGGACUAUCAUUUCAUGUUUUUAAAUACAAGAUGUAGCAAAGAUGAUAAAUAGCUGGUUCUGAUGAAAAAAGGUAAGAGAGGGAAACCAGCCAUGGUCAACUACAUGCUGUAAAUUUGCAGUUAUUUAUGUCAGUAAUGCAAUGAGUGCAUUGUUAAAGACUGGAGAGGAACAUUUACAGCCAGUAAACCGGUGACUGUUUUUCCACUUUGUUUGAUUAACACUUACCCUGUCACAUGGUACAGUACUUACAUGUAAUUGUGUAUUUCUAAAAGUCUAAUUUAUAAGGUGGCACAGUGUUGUUGAGAUGUUUUCUCUGAAACUUUUGUAUUUGAAAUUCUGACUAAAUAUUUUGUUCUGAAACAA